ACGAAUAUAGGUUAUGUUUAGUUCUGUCAAAGUGACAAGAUGGCACGUCAGCAGCAAGACGUAGAUGAAUUAUUCGAAAUUAAAAACUUCUUUUACAUCGGAAAUUACCAACAAUGCAUAAAAGAAGCCCAAGAAUUACGAAAGACUUCAACUCCAGAAGUGGCCGUAGAAAAAUUAAUCUUCAUGUACCGCUCUUUUAUCGCCCAAAAUAAAUUUUUGGUCGUCUUAGAUGAAAUCAAACCAUCUUCCAACCCAAAAUUACAAUCGAUUAAAUUAUUAGCUGAAUACAUGUCGAACAAAUCAAAAAGAGACACGAUUGUAACCCAAUUAGAUGAAAAAUUGAGUGCUAAUGCGAAUAUAGAAGAUGAAAUGUUGAUUUUGGUAGCAGCGACGAUUUAUCAGCGAGAAAAUAAUUUAGAAGCCGCUUAUCGACUUUUACACACAAUUGAUAACUUAGAAGCUUUUGCAAUGAUUAUUGAUAUAUUAUUAAAAAUUAAUCGCUUAGAUUUAGCCAAUUCAAAAUUAACUGAGAUGAAAGAAAAAGAUGAUGAUGCAACUUUAACUCAGUUGGCGCAAUCUUGGGUACAUUGCGCUGCGGGGAAAGAUGAUUUGCGAAAUGCUUAUUAUAUUUAUCAAGAUUUGAUUGAUAAGUAUGGGUCAACGCCUUUAUUGCUUAAUGGGCAAGCUGUUACUUAUAUUGCCCAAGGGAAAUUUGAAGAGGCUGAGGCUGCUUUGAUGGAGGCUUUGGAUAAAGACCCAAAUUAUCCUGAUACUUUGGUGAAUAUGGUUGUUUUGUCUCAACAUAUGUCUAAAACUGAUGGGGCUAAGAGGUACUUGGCCCAAUUGAAAGAUAGCCAUGCAGAGCAUCCCUUUUUGAAAGAUUUGGAGGGAAAGGAGCGGGAAUUUGAAAGGAUUUGUAUGCAAUAUGCACCUGUAAAAGCUUAAGUUCAUUUUAUUUUAAGGUUAUGUUAAUAAACAUUUAUUGUAUUUAAUAAGUUUCGUUUAAGAACCAAUCAAGAUUGUUUAAAAUGUAAUAAAAUACAGUUUGGUAAAACCAUACAAA